AUGCCAUCAUCACGCCAUCCCUCAUCUCCCCAUCCCUCACCUCUCCAUCCCUCAUCUCCCCAUCCCUCACCUCCCCGUCCAUCACUUCUCUGGUCUUCCUCUCCCUCUCCCCUCUCCUCUCAUUCCUUACCCUGCUCUCUCUCCUCUCCCUCCUCCCUUUCCACUCGCCCCGCCACUCCCGCCGUGCUUCUCCCUCCCCCCAUUCCACCUCGCCCCAUUCCGCCCCACCCCAUUCCGCCCCAUCCCAUUCCGCCUCACCCCAUUCCGCCUCCCCCCAUUCCGCCCCACCCCAUUCCGCGCAAACCCCGCUUGUCGCGCACCCUACUUCCCUCCGUCCCCCUUGUCCCCUCCUCACUUUAUCUCCUCCACCUCCCCAUCCCUCCUCUCCCCGUCCCUCCUCUCCCUAUCCGUCCUCUCCCCAUCCGUCCUCUCCCCAUCCGUCCUCUCCCCAUCCGUCCUCUCCCCAUCCGUCCUCUCCCAAUCCGUGUUUCCCACACUGUCCUCGGCCUUGUGUGCACCCGGGAGCUGCUUGGGGCGCUGUGGGCGGAUGGCGGCGGGCAGAGUCGCGCAGCAGAGGCCUACGUGGUGCUGCAGGGAUCCCUUCCCCCUGUCCUCCCGACCCCUCUUCCUCCCUUCAUCACUCCCUCCCUUCCUGCAUUCCCCCCUUCCGCCCCCCCUCACAUCCUUCAUCACUCCCUCCCUUCUUGCUUCCGCCCACCCGCGCUCACUCUCUUCCCAUUGCCCGCCCCCAUUCCCUCCCGUCACCCACACUACCGGGAUGAGAGUGGGGGGGAAGGGAUGAGGAGGAGGAGAGGGGGAAGAGAGGGGGAGAGGGGGAAGAGAGGAGGACAGUGGGAAGAGAGGAGGACAGGGGGAAGAGAGGAGGACAAGGGGAAGGGAGGAGGACAGGGGGAAGAGAGGAAGACAGGGGGAAGAGAGGAGGACAGGGGGAAGAGAGGAGAGAGGGAAGAGAGGAGGAUAGGGGGAAGAGAGGAGGACAGGGGGAAGAGAGGAGAGGGGGAAGAGAGGAGAGGGGGAAGAGAGGAGGACAGUCAGGCUUGGCGAAGGCAGUAG